AUGGCGGCCGAGGACUCCGACCGUGGCGAGGCGUCGGGCCUCACUCGGCGUGCGAUUCGAUGCGAUAAGCGAUCACCAUGCUCGAACUGUCGUAGUUCCCGUAUUGUCUGUCGAUCUACGGGGGAGGGCCAGAAGGCACAAGAGCCCCGGCGGCGGGUAUUGAUCUCCAGCCAGUAUGAGAAAAAGAUAGAUCUCAUCGAGGAACGCCUGGGCACGAUCGACAGUACACUUCGUGAACUUCUAACAGCCCAGACUCGGUCCAUCAGAACAGAGAACCCGGAGGCCUACUUGUCUCCCUCAUCACAAGCGGCAACUCACCCACAGACUCUACCGCAAUCCUCCUCUGCGCUUCAAAGACAUCGGCAUCUCAAAAGCAAUCCCGCAAUUGACCAGCAUGAUCAUGGACAAGCAUUCGAGGGCAAUUCCUCGCUUGCGGCGCAUUCAGCCUAUGCGAGCGAGUUCCUGGAAUCUGCAGUGUCACACAGCGGCCCACAGAUUGGGUCGAGCCCUAAGAUUACGGCUGCACUGUCGUCACUGAAGCAGAUUGUCGGGAUCCAGAAUCAACGACGGAAGACGGAUGCUCAAGGUGGGCAGUUUCCCGGCAACAUCACCCGUCUGUGUGCUGCCAAUUGUGACAUCCGGGAUAUGGAGAUGCCACCCCGUCCUGCUGUUCUAACACUGUUGAGGAACGUUAAGGAGAGCCCGCCAUCUUUCUUUGCAGGCUUCUGUCAUUUCAUUCCCGUGGACUAUUUCAUAGACAAGUGCCGUCAAGUAUAUUUUUGCACGGAUGGCUACUCAGACUCGACAUUUAUUGUGACAAAUAUGUGCCUUUACAACAUCUUUCUCGAGUUUGGAUUUAUCGAGAAGAAUGAUACCACCCGAGAGAAAUACCUGCAUUAUGCUCGGAUGUGUCGUGGGAAUCUGGAAGCAGCGCUAGCAGGUCUAAAUAUGCUGAUGCCUGCCACCAACGAGUCAAUCAUGGCGCUGGCUGUUGGGGCCAUGCAUUCAAUAGAAAUCUCCAAGCCCUCUGUCGGAUGGGCCAUGGCAUCAACAGCCGUGCAUCUGUGCCAAACACUAGGGUACCAUCGAGCAUCAUCCAUGGAACACGAUAGUCUUCCGGUGCAGCGAGAGAAGCAGUUCCUUUUCUGGACCGUCUAUGUCAUUAUCAAAGCACUCUCAUUGCGCUUGGGACGGGCAUCCACUCUCCAGGACUGGGAUAUCUCGCUCCCCAUGACAUUCGACCAUUUCGACAAUCCAGAGCCAUGGAAGACUAUCUGGACGCUGUGGGUCAAGACCGCCAUUGUUCAAGGCAAGAUUUACGAGCUCGUGUACAGUCCUGCAGCAUUGAAUCAACCAGAGAGCGAACGAGUAUCGCAUGCCAACCGUUUAGCUUCUGAGAUGCAGUCAACGGUGAUGGAGCCGUUUGAGAGACUUCUUUCCGCUGGUCUUCGUAUCUCUGAAAUUGAUAUGAUCUACCUCCGCUCGGACGAGGUUAACCGUCUCUCUAUCAUGACACUGAUAUACAGAGCCAUUCCUCCACCGGCGGGGUCUGGCUCGACAUUCAUACCAGAGUGUGUCAAGACAGCUCGCGCAGCGCUGGAGAGUCACCAGGAAUGUAUGGCCAUGUUGAAAGAGUGCGAUGAAUUCAUCAAAUGCUCAUACAUGCAUUGGGCAAUCUUCCACGCCCCCUUCGUCCCCUUCAUCGUCAUCUUCUGCCACGUGGUCGCAACCUCCCACAGCUCAGACCUAACCCGGCUAGAAGAUUUCGUCGCCUCCCUCCGCCCACUCUGCUCUUUCUCCGAGGCCAUCGACCAGCUUCACCGUCUCUGCCAGAUUCUCAGCACCGUCGCCCGGCUCUAUCUCGAGGCCAAAGCUCAGAGCCAGGCAGGCGAAGACGAAAGUUUAGCGUCUGUCGGGCACGAGUUCGAUCUUUACCUUGGCGCACUGGGCCUAGCCCCCGUCAGCAGCUCGAUGACGGCGCCGCAGGGUCCUCUGCCUCCGCCUGAUAUCGGAUCUAUUUCUGGAGUAACGGAGGCGCAACUCCAACAACAGGAAGCAGGGCUUGCUGUUGCAGAGAAUCAGGAUUCUAGUGUUGCGGCGGAGAUGUCGCAGACUGCACAGCUGGGCAAUUGGUUCUGGGGGAAUCAGUACAUGAUGGGUCUUUUGGAAGAGGAUUUGUCCUUGUUCGAUCCCAGCGCGCAGCUUUGA